AUGUCGUCUAUGUAGUUUAGGAUGAAGAACUCCAGACCCAUAACCACUAAUGGUACAAGAAUGUUGGAGAGUAGCGCCAAUAUGGGAAGCAAAUUAAUGUAUAAUUAUGACCAUCCAAUAAGUAAAUAACUUACCAGUCCUAAAUUGUCAUGUGAAUAUGAAGUUACUUAAGAAGAAAUUAGGCAACUUAAAUUAUAACUAAAUGCAUCAAAAAAAGAGUCAUCCUAAGCUAAAUCUCGAAUCUUAUAUUUAGAAGUAUUAAAAAUAUUCAUUUUAGAAAGAAUUAUAAAGAUAUGAAAAUUUAGUUGAAGAACAUAGUAAAACUGUCAAUAAUAAUGAUACAACCAAACUAGUCAUUGAAAAAGCUGCAAUUGUACAAAAAUUAAGAGCUAAACAUAAACAAUUAGUCUAAGAAUUACUUGAAAAAACUAAAGAAAUAGCUUAAUUAAAAAAAUGUACUAAAUACACUACAGUUCAAGAAUUAGAAGUAUUUUCAUAUUAUACUUUAGAUUGAAGUACAAAACUAUGGAGAAGAGAAUUAAAGAUUAAGAGAAAAAUUAGAAUAUUACUAAUCUAUUGUAGAUCUUCGUAGUAGUAAAGAACCUUUAGAAAAGAAAAUUAUAUAAUAUGAAAAAACUUAUAAGAUCAUUCAUAAAGAUAAUUAAGAAUUACUUAAUUAAAUCAAAUUAUUAGAAAAUUAAAAUAAACAAUAGAAGGUAUUAUUAUAUUCCACUAUUUAUUUCAGUAAAAAAUAGAACAAUUAAAUAAAGAGAUCUCAAAUUAAUAAAUAGAAAUAUAUAAAUAUCAAGAAUCUAUUAAUGAAUUAUAAUCAUAUAAUGAACGUAUUCAAGCUAUGUUAGAAGAAGAAAAAUAAAAUGAUUAAUAACCAAGUGAAGAAUUAAGGUAGGAAUUUCUUUUAUAAAUUGAAACCUUGAAAAGUAAACAUAUAGAAGAAUUAGAGUAAUAAUUAAAUUAUAUAUUAGUGAAAAAAAUAAGGAAAUUAGAGAUUUAAAUGCUGAAAUAUAUAAAUAGACAUUGCAUAUUCAAGAACUUGAAAAAUUACUAGAAUAAUAUGAAGAAUCAAUUAAAGAAAAGCAAUCCUCUAAUUAAUCCCCUAUGCAAAUUUAAAAAAGUUUUUGA